CAUCUUCUCUCGACAUAUCAGACACAAUGGCAAACCAGACUGGACGUACCUCUCAAGCGCAAGCACGGCUAUCGCAGGUUAGCAACCACCUUGGUGGCGGUGCGGCGAAGAAGGGCAGGCAGGCUCUCCUGGAGAAGCACCCUGACGAUAUCGUCGUUACAUGCGCUCUCCGCACCCCCUUCACAAAGGGCGGCAAAGGCGGCUUCAAAGACACCGCCGCCGCUGACCUCCUUGUCGGCACCUUCAAAGCCCUCAUCGAGCGCUCCGGCAUCGAUCCCAAACUGGUCGACGACAUCGCCGUCGGCGCCGUCCUGGCCCCCGGAGGCGGAGCCACCGAGUUCCGCGCGGCCGCCCUCGCCGCCGGAUUCCCCGUCACCACGUCCGCAAAGUCGAUCAACAGGCAGUGCUCGAGCAGUCUGCAGGCCUGCGUCGACAUCGCCAAUGCCAUCAAGUCCGGCAUGAUCGAGAUUGGCAUCGGCGCCGGUGCGGAGAGCAUGAGCCAGCAGUACGGUCCCCAAGCCGUCACCGAGUUCUCCGAGCUCCUGGAGAACCACAAGGAAGCUGCCAACUGCAAGGUGCCCAUGGGCGUUCUGUCCGAGAAGAUGGCCAAGGCCAAGGGGAUCCCUCGCUCGGAGCAGGAUGCUUUCGCCGCCGCCUCGUACCAGAAGGCGGUGAUUGCGCAGAAGAAGGGUCUCUUCGACAAGGAGAUUGCUCCCUUGACCGUCAAGUGGACGGACCCCAAGACGGACGAGGAGAAGGAAAUCACAGUCUCGAGGGACGACGGCGUCAGGGACGGCAUCACGGCCGAGAGCCUGGGCAAGAUCCGUCCUGCCUUCGCCAAGGACGGAAGCAUCCACGCCGGCAACGCUUCUCAGAUCUCCGACGGCGCGGCUGCCGUCCUCCUCAUGAAGCGCAGCACCGCCGAGCGCAUCGGCCAGAAGGUCAUCGGCAAGUUCGUCCAGGCCUCUGUGGUCGGUGUUCCCCCUCUGCUGAUGGGCGUGGGGCCCGCCGCCGCCAUCCCGGUUGUCCUGGAGAAGACGGGCCUGAACAAGGACGAUGUCGAUAUCUGGGAGAUCAACGAGGCGUUUGCGUCGCAGUGCGUGUUCUGCAUCAAGGAGCUGGGCAUUCCCAUGGAGAAGGUCAACCCCAAGGGAGGCGCUAUCGCUUUUGGCCACCCGCUCGGUGUGACGGGUGCGAGGCAGGUGAGCACCUUGUUGACCGAGUUGAGGAGGACGGGUCAGCGGAUUGGUGUCACGUCCAUGUGUGUAGGAACCGGUAUGGGUAUGGCGGCUGUCUGGGUUGCGGAGUAAUCUUGCCUCUGUUGUGGAGCGAGCGUUCAUUUUGUAUGACUACCAGGACGGAGUAUCCAGGUUUAUAAAUAUAUACCAAAGCGAAGGCGUUUGCCGCUUCCGUAUCCUUGUGU